ACUGGCCAGUCCCUCCAAAUGUCUGGGGUUCCCUUCCUCCGUCCCCGUUUCUCGGACUGACGGCGAGACCAAGGACGGCCCCGUCCUGGCCGGGGGUAUCCAAGCUCCGCCAGGCCGAAACGCCGAAGCGAGGGGCGGGGUCUGUCGCGCAGGGAUCCGGGGCGGCCCCCGCGUCCUCAGAGGGGAGCUAGUGGCGCCAGAAUUCGUAGCGCAGAAGAGCCCUGCUGCCGCCGCCUCCCGGCCCGUUCUCUACCCUCAUCCGCCUGGAGGGGAAGAAGAUGGUGAUCCUGCGUAGCAGCUCCGAGCUGCACGGCCGCUCCCCGGCCUCGGCAGCCGCGCGGAGUGCGGACGCUGGCGGCGGCAACUUCUCGGACCCUCUGGACUUGAGUUCCGAGUUCCUCACCUUGGAGCCCCUUGGCAGCGGGAGGAGGCAGCUGCGGUCCAGCAGCGCCAUGGGCAAGGCGGCGGCCGCCGUCUCCGCCCCGGCCUCCGCCGCCGCCACCCCCGCCUGCGUGACUCGUUCGUCAGUUAAGGAAGUUGAAAGUUUCAGUACAAAUGUGUUAAGAUCAUUGAGGAAAACUGAACAGCAUUCUUCAGACUCUAGUUUUGACAAGAAUAUGGAAAUAUCAAGUGAUACAACUAAUGGAAGACAUUUUACAAGGCAAUUGGCCAGACAGCAGGCCGAUAAAAAAAAUGAAGAUUGCAAAGAAGACAAAGUGAUUCCAGUUACUCGGUCUUUGAGGACUAGAAAUGCUGUUCAAACUACAGAGCAUCUUCAUGAAGAGAAUGGUGAUGUAGAAGUUCGACGAAGUUGUAGGAUCAGAAGUCGUUACAGCACUGUGAAUCAAUCUGUACUGUUUGACAAACUUAUAACAAACACUGCUGAAGCCGUAUUGCAGAAAAUGGAUGAUAUGAAAAAGAUGCGUAGACGUCGAAUGAUUGACUUGGAAGACUUGGGAGUAUUUAAUGAUGCCGAAGAAGAAAAUCUUGACAUGUACUCUAGAGGAAAGCAAAAAAAUGUUCAAAGAACUGAUGAAGAAACUACUGAUAAUCAGGAUGGCAGUGUAGAAUCUUCUGAAGAAGGUGAAGACCAGGAAGAUGAAGAUGAAGAUGAAGAUGAAGAUGGGGAAGAGGAUAAUCAAAAACGCUAUGAUCUUAGACAGCGAAAGACUGCUGUGCAUUAUCAGGCUCCCCUGGAAAAACCCCGGCAUCAGAGAAAACCUAACAUGUUUUAUAGCGGCCCAGCCUCUCCUGCAAGGCGAAGAUACCGAUUUAGUUCUGCAGGACCAAGAAGUCCUUAUUGUAAAAGGAUUAACAGGCGAAGGCAUGCAAUCCAUAAUAGUGAUUCUACAUCAUCAUCUUCUUCUGAUGACGAUGAUGAUGAACAACAUUUUGAGAGACGGAGGAAAAGAAGCCGUAGUAUGGCUAUUAGCAGGUGCCUUCCAUUGAACUUUCGGAAAGAUGAAUUAAAAGGAAUUCAUAAAGAUCGAAUGAAAAUUGGUGCAAGCUUGGCUGAUGUUGAUCCAAUGCAAAUAGAUUCUUCAGUACGAUUUGAUAGUGUUGGUGGGCUUUCAAACCAUAUUGCAGCUCUAAAAGAAAUGGUGGUCUUUCCAUUGCUUUAUCCAGAAGUCUUUGAAAGAUUUAAAAUUCAGCCACCAAGGGGUUGUUUGUUCUAUGGCCCUCCUGGAACCGGAAAGACGCUUGUUGCCCGAGCACUUGCCAAUGAAUGCAGUCAAGGUGAUAAAAGAGUGGCCUUUUUUAUGAGAAAAGGUGCUGAUUGUUUGAGUAAAUGGGUAGGGGAAUCUGAACGACAACUACGUUUGUUAUUUGAUCAGGCUUAUCAGAUGCGUCCUUCAAUUAUUUUCUUUGAUGAAAUUGAUGGUCUGGCUCCUGUUAGGUCAAGCAGACAAGAUCAAAUUCACAGUUCCAUUGUAUCGACCUUACUAGCACUUAUGGAUGGAUUGGAUAGUAGGGGAGAAAUUGUUGUUAUUGGAGCUACCAAUAGACUGGAUUCUAUAGAUCCUGCUUUACGAAGACCUGGCCGAUUUGACAGAGAAUUCCUUUUUAGCUUACCAGAUAAAGAUGCUCGAAAAGAAAUUCUAAAGAUACAUACAAGAGAUUGGAAUCCCAAGCCAUUGGAUAUAUUUCUUGAAGAACUUGCAGAAAAAUGUGUUGGAUACUGUGGUGCAGAUAUUAAGUCCAUAUGUUCUGAAGCUGCUCUUUGUGCUCUACGUAGACGUUAUCCUCAGAUAUAUACAAGUAGCGAGAAACUACAGUUGGAUCUCUCAUCGAUUAAUAUCUCAGCUAAGGAUUUUCUAGUAGCUAUGCAAAAGAUAAUACCAGCCUCUCAAAGGGCUGUGACAUCACCGGGACAGGCACUGUCUACUAUUGUGAAACCUCUCCUUGAAAACACUGUUUGUAAGAUCUUAGGGGCCAUACAAAGAGUGUUUCCACAUGCAGAACUUGGAACAAAUAAAGGACCAAAGUCAGAUGUCCCUGGGCCUCUACUAGAAAGUGAUUUAGCAUAUAGUGAUGAUGAAGUUCUCUCAGUAUACGAAAAUGGGCUUUCUCAGAAAGCCUUCAGUAAAACAAAAGAAAAUGUUAAUUUCCUUCAUCUCAAUAGAAAUGCUUAUCACCAGCCUAUAUCUUUUCGACCAAGAAUCUUGAUAGUAGGAGAGCCAGGAUUUGGGCAGAGUUCUCAUUUGGCACCUGCUGUGAUUCAUGCUUUGGAAAAGUUUACAGUAUAUACCUUGGACCUUCCUGUUCUUUUUGGAGUCAGUACCACAUCACCUGAGGAAACAUGUGCCCAGGUGAUCCGUGAAGCCAAGAGAACAGCCCCAAGUAUAGUGUAUGUUCCUCAUAUCCACUUGUGGUGGGAGACAGUUGGAUUAACACUUAAAGCUACUUUUACCACAUUGUUACAGAAUAUUCCCUCAUUUGCUCCAGUUUUACUGCUUGCUACUUCAGAUGUACAACAUACUACUCUUCCAGAAGAGGUACAAGAAUUAUUUAUUAGUGAUUAUGGAGAGGUUUUCAAUGUCCAGUUGCCUGGUGGUGAAGAAAGAACAAAAUUUUUUGAGGAUUUAAUUCUGAAUCAAGCUGCUAAGCCUCCUGCAUCCAAAAAAAAAGCAGUUUUACAGGCACUAGAAGUCCUACCAGUAGCUCCACCACCUGAGCCAAAACCCUUGACAGCAGAGGAAGUGAAGCGGCUUGAAGAGCAAGAGGAGGAUACAUUUCGUGAACUUAGAAUUUUCCUAAGAAAUGUUACUCAUAGACUCGCUAUUGACAAACGCUUCAGAGUAUUUACCAAGCCUGUUGAUCCUGAUGAGGUUCCUGAUUAUGUCACUGUAAUAAAGCAGCCUAUGGACCUAUCAUUAGUCAUCAGUAAAAUUGACCUACAUAAAUAUCUGACUGUGAAGGACUACCUGAAAGAUAUUGACCUCAUCUGUAGUAAUGCUUUAGAGUACAACCCUGACAGAGAUCCUGGAGAUCGACUUAUCAGACACAGAGCCUGUACUCUAAGAGAUACUGCCUAUGCAAUAAUUAAAGAAGAACUUGAUGAAGAUUUUGAACAGCUAUGUGAAGAAAUUCAGGAGUCUCGAAAAAAGCGAGGUUGCAGCUCUUCCAAAUAUGCACCAUCUUACUAUCAUGUGAUGCCAAAGCAGAGCACAACUUCUGUUGAUGGUAAAAGAUCAGACCCAGAGCAGAGUGAAAAGCUGAAGAUGCUCAAUGCCCCUGUAGCCUGUAGUACUCCUUCACUUUAUACUGCUCCAUCUAAGAAAAAGAUUCGGAGAAAGAGUAAGUGGUACUUUGGCACCAUAAAAAAAAGAAGGAAGAUUUCUCAAACCAAAGAAGAUAGCAGAAAUACGGAAGAUGACAAAAAUGAGAGUGAUGGAGAUCAAGAAAAUCACGAUACCAGUAUAGAUCAUAAUGAGGCUGAAGUCACAGGAGAGUCUUCAAUGGAAGAAAAUGAAAAACAGCAAAAUGGUUCUGAAAAUAAAAAUGAGGUGGAAAAUAAAAGUAUUUGUGUUACUUGUGAUGGUGUUAAUGAGCCUGAGAAGGAGACAAAGAAGACUGUAAUAAAUACAGAAUUGAGAAAAGAGAGGAUAACUUGCAAUGGAGAAAUUACAAACUGUCAAAUAAUGGAAUAUUCUGAAGAUGCUGAGGCAAAGGAAGCCUGUGUUCUUAGGAUGACUCGGGCCAGACGUUCCCAGGUCGAACAGCAGCAGCUUAUCAGUGUUGAGAAGGCUUUGGAAAUUCUUUCUGAACCCACACCCCCACUUAUUGUGGACCAUGAACAGCUAAAAAAUCUUUUAAAGAUUACUGUUAAGAAAACUCAAGAGUACAAUAUAUUUCAGUUGGAAAAAUUAUAUGCAAUAAUCAGCCAAUGUAUUUAUCAACAUCGCAAAGACUAUGACAAGACACAACUAAUUGAGAAAAUGGAGCAAGAAAUCAAAAACUUUAGUUGUUCCAAAUCAUGAAGUUGUGAAAUUCAGCUUUUUUCAAUUUGACAUCGUUUCAUUCACUUUUGUUAUCUUUGCACAGCUUGUGCAAGAUUGAAUUUCCACAUAUUUAAGAUAUAUUGUUAUUAAAAUACUGAUAAAUAAAGUAUUUAAAUUGUUUUUAAUUUUGUAUGUGUGAGGUGGGUGUUUAAAAGUUGAUUUUGAUAAAUAUUAAACAGUUUGAGUCACAACAAGAUUGUUUAAUAUUUAAUGCUGCAACGUUUAAACUCAAAGUACUCUGCAGGUCUAUUAAAGUUGUUUUGAUAAGUUUAUUUCUUUGUCAGAGGCCAUCGUUCAUUGGAUUUAUGACCCUUUUGCAUAAGAAUAAUUAAAGGUGGAGAUCCAUUAAUAACAAAUCUGUUAUCGACAUUUAAAUUUCCCGAGACUUAGAUUUGGCACUGUUAAUUUUGUCAUUUCUUUUUCUUAAUGGUGUAAAUUAAAUAGAAAUAUUAUGUUGCAUUGUGGCCUAUUGUUGACCUCUGUUCCUUCACCUUUUUUUGUCCCUCUGUCAUCUGCAUUCUGUAACUUUCCUUACCUCAUUACCCAAGAACCAAUGUUCAAGCUUAAGAUUUGUGGUAAAGCUCUGAAUAUGAGAGGUAAAAAGCUUUACAACAGUUUUAAACUUGAACACUAAAUUAAGAUAUUUGUAAAAUAUGCAUUUUCAUAAUUCUAAUUUAGGUUUUAUAAAUAUCCAUGUUUACAUUUCCUUAUGUAUUUACCUUUAUCAUAUUUUGUGUUGACUACAUUUUUGAUGUUUUUUAAAAACAUGAUUUAGAUUUGAAAUCUAAGCUUGUGGCCUUCAAAUUUUUUGUUUAGACAUCAUCAUAAAGAUACUUUGUUGUAUACAGUUGUAUAAAUGUUACACAUUUUGAUAUUUUGUAUUAAUGAUACCAAAAAUAAAUUUCCUGGCAUCUAUAAAUGGUUAAAAUAUUUACUACAGUGCAUAUUCACUUUUUGAAAAUGUUAAUCCCCAAAGUUGCUUCUAUAAGAAGCUAAAAAAUUUUCAGAUUAGUGUGGGUGUUUUUGUGGGGAUAGGGAAAGUAAGUUUUAGUAAAGCUAUUCUAUAUAAGGAGAGAAUUAUUUGGACUUUUAGUCACUCUUUAUGUAAUGGUCAAUGUUAUACUGCCUUUCAUUCAGAUAUCAUAUUUGAACCACCUGGUGACUGAAAGUCUUUUAGAAACCAGUUUAUCACCUUUAAAUUAGUUGUUACUGCCUUAAGUAUUUAUAUAACCAGCUUUAAGCAGUACUAUACACCUGAAAAGGUUUUCCAAAAAAAAAUGUACCUGGAUAUAAAUAUUUUGCUUGUACUGAAAUUUUAUAUAUAAAUUAUUACUUUUCCAGGUACAUAUUUUGUAAC